AGCGCUGAAUUAACCGCAACACAGCAGCGAAGACCACCAAUAUUGUUGCCAAUACUACCGCCACUACCGCUUUCCACUCACAAGUUGAACUGCCUUUGCCCAACUCACCCACAACCUAGCGGAUUUUUGUCGCCUCGCGUGCGGUGGUACCACGCGCGCACAUUCAAACAACGCUAGCUAGCAUCUCUCGCCACUCUCCGCAGAAUGAGUACACAUUGGCCCGUGGACAUAUGCACGAGGAUUUCAUCGCUUCUGGGUUUCAUUACGCCUCGGGUUAUAAUACAACUUUUUAUUAUUGCUUGCCGUGUGUUCUCGGGAGGAUUUAUACACAGGUGAAUUCAGCUCUUAAUUACCAGCUCAGAGAAGGACUAACAUCUCCUACCCCGCGCUUGUCGCAAGAGAUAGUCAUUCUGUGACGUCCUUGGUCUACGCACGAUUGAGACUCUCGGAUUGAGCUAAUCUCUGUGUGUGGAUUACAUCACCGAUUCACGAGUUCUUCUCGGAUAUUUCUGUGUUCUCGUCUCGUGAUUUCUGCUUACAGAGUGUGUUACUCCUGUCAUAUCCUUCGCUUUUCUAACGGUUUGCUCGGACGCUGAGAAUUGAUUAUUCGCAUAGCAUCAAGGAUAGAAAUAUUUCUCGAAUUUCAGCUCGUCAGUAGGAUUGUAAUCGAUUCGUAAUCACCGCCUUGUUAAGAUAAUAUCUACGCUACCUUAUCAUCAGCAGAGCGUCAGCGGAUUUCUAGCUGGCCAUCAGCGCAUCGAAUCUCUCGUGGAACCGAACAUCGUCAACUAAUCGACGUCUCCUUCUCGUCGUGUAAUUUGUUCAGGGAAAAAAAUUCCCACGUAAUUUUCCUCUUCAUCCCCCAGAAAGGGAAUUCCUCUUCGUCGAUCUUCGUGUGGUCGUUAUUUUUUAUUUCUCUCCCUUCAGUGAGAUCUUAAGUCGUGUUCGCACACAGACCAUUGAGUGUCUUCAUCCAAUCGAGCGACCGAUUUGACCCUAUGUGGAGCCCCAGAUCCUACCCCGUGCUCAUAGCCCGCGCAGCAUGUAUGUGAGCUACUAUCCUUACGGACAACCUGCAGUUCUUUCUCAUCAACCACCUCCUCCCGCCCCUGCUCCACCAGCCCCAGCUCAAGCCCCGCCCACUCUCAUCCCCACUCCAGCACACCUGCCGGCCUCCCUCGCUCCUCAAGACUUACUCGUCUCAGUCACCGCCGCGGGUGUGCCAACUGUCACCGGCUCGCAAGUCGUCGCUAGCCUCGCCCAGCAUCACCAGCAGCAGCAGCAGCUCCACCACCCUGCCACUGGCAUCUCCAGCUACUCCAGUCUAGGACCCCUCGUCAUCUGCCGCAAG